AUGAACAACGAACAUCAAUCGACGUCGUCGUCGUCGGCGCCGAUCGCGAGUAUGCGAUCGAUUCGCGUCUACUCGACAGAUGGGCAGCGGAGCACGCGAGUCGAGUGCGACGCGAAAAUGAGCUGCGCCGAUAUUUGUGAGCAUUUCUCGUGCGACGUCAUCACAUUGCAAAUCGGCAAUUAUCACUUCAGGCAGCUGAAACCCGACACAUGCCCGCUGACGAUACUAGAGGAUUUCUGCCGAAUUCUGGCGAUGUCCGACGACGGCAACGUCGACGAGACGAUGGCGAGCCUGCUCGACUACGCCGACUCGGCGUCGUUUCGCCACAUCUUCUCGUUUUUUCUCGGCAAACCGCGAAUUCGCGGCAAAAACUCGCUGAGCGCCGAAGUGUUGUCGGAGGAGAUCAUCGUGCGACGCGGCAAAAUUCUGCACAGUUGGACGAGCGCCAAAGCCGUCUUCUACAACUCGACGAUUCGAUUACAAAUGAAAAACAAUGAGGACGAAGUGAUUCAUAUGAGAACGAUGAAGGCCGACGAGUUUGACAGCAAAAAAGGAAAAGCUCUACGAUUACGGGACAACGAUUCGAAUUGCUAUUUGCUCAUUUUUCAGCGGCCGAACAUUCUGCAAUUGUGGUUGUCGAAAGCGCAGCAGGUCGAACGCAAUCGCCACGUGGAUCUCAGCGACGAGCAGCUCACCAUGAUUCCCGAGCAGAUUCUCAAUUGCGAUUCGGGCGUUCAGAUUCUCAAUUUGCGACGCAACUCGCUUCAAUCGAGACCGCCCACCGAGAAGGCGAUCACACCGAUCGGCUACAUCGACGAUCUCUAUCGCCUGCACACCCUCCAAUCCAUUGAUCUCUCGGCGAAUCAGAUAUUCGCGUUUCCGAUUCAGCUAUGCAUUCUGGCGAAUCUGCGGACAUUGAACGUGGCGUCGAACUACAUUUCCACUGUGCCCCGAGAGCUGGCGAAUCUCAAACGUCUCCAAUCGCUGAAUCUCUCCAAUAAUUUGUUGGCGACGUUGCCAGAUGAGUUGGCGACUUGCCCAAAUCUCAAAUGUCUCGAUUUGUCGUUCAAUCAGUUCUCGAUGGUCCCGCGCUGCUUGUACCAUUUGCCGAUGGAUCGCUGGCGAAUGGCGGGGAACAACAUUGAAAAAGUCGACAGGGUUGGCGACGUCCCAAUCGCCGAAAUCGAUCUACGACGCAAUAUUCUGGGGACCACAUUUCGGUUGAACAUUGAAAACAUCGCCUACUUGGAUAUUCGCGACAAUUCCUUGGUGUCGACGGUACAUCUAACCAAUCUCAGGUUCCUAAAGAUCAUUCACUGUGAGCGUCUACAGCUAACCAGUCUGCACUUGAACGGCGAACACCUUACUCAUAUCUAUGCGGACCAUAAUCUACUCGAUAGUGUUGUGGUGAUGCCGUUGCCGACGAAUCUACAGACGUUGUCAAUCUCGCAGAAUCACUUCAAGCAUCUGCCCGACUGGAUUUGCGAUUGCCAACAUUUGCAGUUCAUUCGCGCCAACAACAAUCUCCUCGAGACCCUUCCGACGAGAAUAUUCUGCUCGACGUCGAUUCGAUCGAUGUUCCUCUUCGACAAUCGCAUCUCAAGAAUUCCCGACGACGUCGAAGACAAUUGUCUGGAGACGCUCAUACUGUACAAGAAUCGCAUUCAGCACCUGCCCAAACACUUCUUCCAAAUGUUGCCGAAGCUUCGCCAACUGAACGUCUCGUCGAACCUUCUCGAAAUUCUACCCUACGUCGAUGGAUCAUCGUUUUGCAGACUGCAGAUUCUGCGCGCCGCCAACAAUCUGCUCACCGAGAACAGCGUGCCGGUCGUCGUCAACAUGAAACAUUUGAAAGUCGUCGAUUUGAGCCACAAUUUGCUCAACUCGUUCGACGACAGCGCGUUGACCUCGUUGGAGCUUCUCGAGGAGCUGAAUCUCUCGUCGAAUCGUCUCACACGCCUUCCAGAAUGCCUCGGCCUUCUGCCGUCGCUUCAGAUUCUACGCGCUCAUUCCAAUCAGCUCGUCAACAUUCCGCAAUUUCGCAGCUCAUCGACGAUUCACACGAUCGAUGUGUCGUGCAACAACAUCUCGCUGGGUGCCGUCGAGUUCGUCGCGCCGCCGACACUUCGCCAUUUCGACGUGACGUGCAACUCGGGCGAUUUGCCGACAGAAUCAAGCUUGCCGCUGAGAAUGAACACGAUCAACAUUGCCGACCUUCAACAGAGCGUUCACGGAUUUCAGAUCGGCGUCUCCGGCUCGAGGGGCUCCAAAAACAAGCAAUGCAUUCGACAGCUUCGCGUCAACAACACGUUCGCCUUCAUCGACGGCGGCUCGAAUUUCUACAUCUCGUCGUCGAUUUGUCGAUUUUUGUCGCAAUUUUUGCGCGAAAAUUCGAAUUGCAAUAUUCGUUCGGCGAUUCUCAGUUGUCAUUGCGAGCUCGGCGAGGAAGGCGAACGUCUUGGAGCCAGCAUUUUGAUAAUGCGAGUUGGCGACGAUUCUCUCGAGUUGGCUUCGACGGGAACCAUCAGCGCAGCGAUCGCCAAAGAUCAACAAAUUCGAAUGUUAAUUAAUGGCCGCUAUGAGAUCGACGACGAUGAGUACUCGCGAGUGCGUGAAGCGCAUGGAUUUGUCGAUGAGGAGAAUCGAAUAAAUGGGAUCAUCCGAUCCGCUCGGCAAAUCGGCCAUUUUUCAAUGUUUCCCGUCGUUCUUCCAACGAGCACAUUCAAGAAGAUCGCGUUCAACGGGACCAUUGAGGGUCUCGUGAUCGCCAACAGCGCUCUAUGGACGAUGAUGGGUCUCGACGAUGUCUCAACCGUAUUCUAUGGUAAUCGGAGUCCGAUUGGUGUGGCGAAGCAGCUUCAAGACCGCCUGCAGAGUUUGGAUUUCGGCGACAAUUCGAAUAUUCUGGUGUUGAAGAAGACGAAGCCGGCGAUGACGUUUGCCGAUAGUUCGCCGUACGCGACAAGCGCAAAAUUGGACGACACGAUGCCGGCGACGCCGGUGAUGGCGGUGCCGAUUGCGGCGGCGCGCCAUCGACACCGGACGCCGUCGCCGCCGCCGCCGCCGCUUCCGUCCAACAUGCCGCCGGCGAUCAUCGAUCAGGCGCAGAUUUAUCGCAGCUACGAGGUGUCGAUACAUCGUUCCGGAAAUUUUCGGAAGCAUUUCGAAGAGACGCGCGAGAUGCUGAGCACGUGCCUGAAAUUGUCGCCGCCGAACACGGUGACAUUCCAUAUUUAG